AAUAUCCUAUCUGUUUUAAAUACAACAUUAGUCCUCUGCAUUUCAUUUCAUUCCAUUCCAAUUAUUAGUCACUCCAGGCAUGGCUGCUUCUAUCCAUAUUUUCUUUCUUGUAAUGUUGUGCCCUGGAUUUCUCUUUAUUCAGACAAUAAAAAAUGCGUCCAGCUGCAUAGACUUUGAGAGAGAAUCUCUUCUCAGCUUCAAACAAGGCCUCACUGACCCUUCCGACCUGCUCUCGUCUUGGGUUGGCAACGAUUGCUGCGGAUGGACUGGCGUGACCUGCAACAACAUCACCGGGAAUGUGAUCGAGCUCAAGCUGAGAAAUGAGGUGCCAGAGGACCCUGAUUUCGUCGACGCUCCCGCCAAUGCAUUGGGUGGUCAGAUAAGUUCUUCUUUGCUUGAAUUGAAACAAUUGAGGUACUUAGAUCUUAGCAUGAACAAUUUUGAAGGAACACCAAUCCCAAACUUUUUUGGAUCGAUCGAGGAAUUGAGAUACCUCAAUCUCUCUAGUGCAUCAUUUGGUGGGACUCUGCCUUCAAAUCUAGGUAACCUAUCAAGCUUGCAAUAUCUUGAUCUAAGCUCCUUCUUUAAUGAGUCAAAAGAGAAUGACCUAAACUGGUUACCAAAUCUUACUUCUUUGAAGUACCUCAACUUGGGAAAUGUUGAUCUUAGUACUGUUGGAAACGAUUGGCUUGAAGCAGUGAACAUGCUUCCUUCUCUGCAAGAGUUACAUUUACCAACUUGUGGACUCUCCACUCUUCCUCUAUCUGCUUCAGUUGUUAACCUUACUUCCCUAUCCGUGCUCGACCUCUCCAACAAUGGUUUCAAUUCCUCAAUACCUUCCUGGAUUUUCAACUUGACUAGUCUUGUUUAUCUUGACCUCAGUACUAAUUCUCUCCAUAGUGUUUUUCCUGACGAAUUUGCGCAGCUGAAAUAUCUGGAACACAUUGAUCUGUCUGAGAACUCUUUCAUCGAAGGCAAUUUAUCAAGAACACUAGGAAAGCUAUGCAGUUUACGCGAUUUUGAUCUUUCUUUCAAUAAGAUGAGUGGGGAGAUAACAGAUGUUAUUGAUGGAUUUUCUGAUUGCUCGAACCCCAGCCUAGAGUUACUGCAUUUGGGAUACAAUAACUUCAAUGGGUUUAUUCCAAAUUCAAUAGGGAACUUGAGGAAUCUGAAAUAUUUUCGUCUUAUGGGGAACUCGUUUUCUGGUUCGAUUCCUGAAACCAUUGGAAACUUGUUGUCCUUAGAAGAAUUGUACCUCGCAAAUAAUUUGAUGACAGGAACAAUUCCAGUCAGUUUGAGGCAACUGUCAAAGUUGGUUUAUGUUGAUAUCUCGAAAAAUCAGUGGACGGGAGUCAUCACAGAAGCUCAUUUGUCAAACCUGACUAGCUUGAAAGAGCUGUCCAUCGUUCAGUCUUCUCGCGAGAUCACCUUGGUUUUCAAUAUUAGUACUGCCUGGUUGCCGCCUUUCAAACUCAGGUACAUCGACCUCAAAUCGUGUAAAGUCGGACCUGGUUUCCCGGCGUGGUUAAGGAAUCAGAAUGAGCUUAACUCUGUCGCAGUGUGGCGCGCUGAAAUGUCAGGGACUAUACCGAAGUGGUUCUGGGAAUUAGAUCUGUUGUUGAAUGUGCUAGACUUCAGUUAUAAUCAGUUAACCGGGACAGUACCCAACACAAUAAGGUUCAAUCCUCAAGCAAUUGUUUUCUUGAACUACAAUCUCUUGACAGGUCCCAUGCCAUUACUGUCAUCCAAUGUCAGCUCACUGCAUUUGGAUAACAACUUGUUUUCUGGACCGAUUCCUGAAGAUUUUGGUGAAAGAAUGCCAAUGCUAGCAGAUGUGGAUCUCUCUUUUAACUCCUUAAAUGGUUCCAUUCCCACGUCUGUCGGAAACCUGGUUUCUCUUCUGACUUUUGUCGUCUCCAAUAAUCGAUUGACGGGACAUAUUCCUGAUUGUUGGGAAAGUGUACUGGACAUCUUUGUUAUAGACAUGUCAAACAAUAGUUUAUCUGGAGAGAUACCAAAAUCAUUUGGUUCUCUGAUUGGACUCAAGUUCUUGACAUUAAGCAACAACCGCCUCUCUGGGGAGCUCCCAUCUGCUUUACAGAACUGCACUACGAUGGAAGCACUCAAGCUCGGAGACAAUAGAAUCUCCGGACGAGUUCCCGGAUGGAUUGGAGAAACAAUGCCAUCAUUGUUGAUUCUGAGUCUACGAUCCAACUUGUUCUCCGGAUAUAUCUCUUCAAAGUUAUGCAACCUCUCCUCCCUUCACAUACUAGACCUUGCACAUAACAAUCUGUCAGGAUCGAUCCCGGCUUGUGUUGGAGAUUUGAUUGGUAUGUCAUCUAUUCAAGAAGAUGUUCGAUACGAAGGACAGUUUGUCGUGGCGACGAAAGGGAGAGAAUACUUCUAUGAAACUACUUUGUAUCUGGUGAAUAGCAUAGACCUUUCAGGCAAUAGCCUGUCCGGUGAAGUACCGAAGCUAACAGAAAAUCUCUCCAAAUUAGGCAUCUUGAACCUCUCUAUUAAUCAUUUGACAGGGAAGAUACCAGAGAGCAUUAGUAGAUUGCAGAGAUUGGAGACGCUCGAUCUCUCGAGAAACCAACUAUCUGGGGCAAUUCCCCAAGUCAUGGCCUCCAUAACUUCAUUGAAUCACCUUAACCUUUCUCACAACAAUCUCACAGGAAACAUCCCAUCCACAAACCAGUUUCAGACCUUUAUUGAUCCGUCUAUCUAUGAAGGCAAUCCUGCACUCUGUGGCUUCCCACUACCGACCAAAUGUAACGGUGAUGAUGAAACAUCUAAUCAUUCUCCAGAAUUUGAAGACGAUGACGAUGAAGAUGAUAAUGAAAGAGUGUGGUUCUUCAUCAGCAUGGGACCAGGAUUUGUUGUGGGGUUUUGGGCUGUAUUUGGGACUCUGCUAUUCAAGCAGUCUUGGAGGGAAGCGUACUACAAGUUCUUUGAUGACAUGAAAGACAGGCUAAUUGUGACUUAUCGUCGAAGAAGGAUGAGAGAAGCGAGAGGAACAUAAUCAUCAUGGUGAUAUAAAUGGAAUUGAGUGAAGUUUUACCACUGAAAUCAAUAACUAGAUCCCUCAUGUAUUGUACUCAUAUGUAGCUUUUGCAGUAGAAGCAAUGUAUGAUCUUCAACGAUGCCUUACCUUAAUUACUUCUUCAAAGAACAUCCAAUCAUGGGAACAAAUGUUUUGUCAAAUAUAGCAAGGAUUCUACUCUUCAAUGUCAA